GUUGGAUGUUUGACUGCUCUACCCCCUACAACCAGGAGUCAUGCCAGCUGGACACACUCUCCUUCCGGGGCCCCUGGCAGCCAGCAAGAAAGGCGCUGAGACCACAGCUGUUGAGACCCUGAACCCCGGGGUUGCAGCUCUAUCUCAGGUGCAUAGCUCAAGGAAGCCCCUUGGCAAUGAUCUGCUCCUUGUUCCUUGCCUUCCUGGUCCUGCCUGCAGCCAUGGUGGCCACUCCCAGAGCUGACAGACAGUGCCCAGCAUGCGGGGAGCCUGCCUUGGACGUGGAGAGCCACCGGGAGCUGCUGCUUAACCUGGCCAAGAGGAGCAUCUUGGACAAGCUGCACCUCAGCCAGCGCCCCACCCUGGGCCGGCCUGUGUCCCGAGUUGCUCUGCGGGCUGCCCUGCAGCGCCUCCACGGGCCUCCACAGGGGGUGCUUCCGGAAGCCGAUGGGGGACAGGAGUAUGAGAUCAUCACCUUUGCCGAGACAGGCCUCUGCAACACCACCCAGACUCGUCUGGAUUUCCACUUCUCCUCUGACAGCUCAGCGAGUGGCUUGGAGGUCCAGCAGGCCAGCCUCAUGUUCUUUGUACAGCUCCCUCCCAAUACCACCUGCCCUCUGAAGGUGAGGGUCCUUGAGCUCAGCCCACGUGACACCAACCUCACUUCGGCCACUCAGCACCUGCUGGAGGUAAACGACAGCGGCUGGCACCAGCUUCUCCUGGGGCCUGAAGCUCAGACUGCUUAUAGCCAGGGGCACCUGGCCCUGGAGCUGGCCCCCGAAGGACAGGAGGCCUGGAGCCCAGUCAUCCUGGCUGGGGCUGCACAUAGGCCCUUCGUGACAGCUCGGGUGAGGGUCGGGGGCAAGCACCGGCUUCGUCGUCGAGGCAUCGACUGCCAGGGCAGGUCCAGGAUGUGCUGUCGACAGGAGUUCUUCGUGGACUUCCGGGAGAUCGGAUGGCAUGACUGGAUCAUCCAGCCUGAGGGCUAUGCGAUGAACUUCUGCACAGGACAGUGCCCCCUGCAUGUGGCAGGCAUGCCUGGCAUCGCCGCCUCCUUUUACACCUCGGUGCUUAAUCUUCUCAAGGUCAACACAGCUGCAGGCACCACCAGAGGGAGUUCAUGCUGUGUGCCCACCAUCCGGCGCCCCCUCUCUCUGCUCUACUAUGACAGGGACAGCAACAUUGUCAAGACUGACAUACCUGACAUGGUGGUAGAGGCUUGUGGGUGCAGUUAGUCUGUGUGUGGCACAGGCAGCUGGGGGGAAGGGGGGACAGGCAAACACGCCCUGACGGAGGUGCUCUUCCUUGAUAGUAGGGUGUGGCCCUCUUACUGCCUCUGUCCAGAAGAUGGACACCCUCUUCCUGAGCAACUUGGGGAAAUUAUCCCCACUUUGAUGUGAGGAGACCUUAGAUCACAUCUAAGGAGACCCACGGUACCAUCUUCAUAAUGACUAGCCCCUUUCUGGGGCAGAGUCCAUUCAGCAAGCCCCAUGUGCUCAACUGCCACCCCAGGGACUCUGAUCCAUCUCCUACCAUGAGCAGUGCCAUCUGAGUCCCAGACAGACACCCACAGCCCCACUGCAAUCCCGCCCACAAUCCACGGUGCCUCCCUGCCCUUUCUACUGCACAUCCCCCACUACAGGAUGAAUUGGCCAGCCCUGUUCCUUGCUUUUCUGGAUCUCCAGUGAGUCCCUCCCUUAGAUUCACCAAACAUUACAUCCUCUUUAUGUCUUGAGCCCUUUUCCCUCUGACUUGCCCAGUGGGUUGCUGAAGCCUCUCUUGGCAUGCCUUCAUUCACUCUUUGUCCUUCUCCGUCCGGCUCUGUACCCUUGGGGGCAGACUCACCUGAGUUCCUUUGGCCUCUGGCUUCCUGCCGAGUUUGGCUUAGCAAACUAGCAAGAAUGGAAAGCUCUUACAAGCCAAGAGCGUGGAAGCAAGGAUAUCAGAACUUAGGCAGAGCUGGAGCUGUGGAGGGGGUGGGGAGCUGGACAGGAGUUGUAGGGAUAUAGGCAUAGCCAUAGUCAUACAGAACCAUGGAACCUAGGCAGAGGGAAAGGAAUAAGAAACACGCUGGCCUCUGUCUCCUCUUAGCCUUUGAUCUGCCUUUUGCUAGUUCCUGGGUGCUUCAACAUCCCUCCUCAGUUCCCUUAACCCUGCCCAUACCUCUGAAAAGAGGUCCUUCAUUGAGUCUUCUUAGUGAUGCCAACAUAGACAGCUGAGUGGGUCUUUUAUUUCCUGCCAGGACCCUGAUUGGUACCCCCGAUGACACAGAGCCUGCCUGCCCUGCCCACUUUUCUCUCCUCACAGUCUCCUUAGGGCUGAACUUUAUGUCUGUCCCACACAUCAUGACUCCUCCUUCCCUAGGCUGCCUCCUUUCUUAGGCCCCAUCCUACUUCCUAGAACCAUCUUCACUGGUCUUCCAGAUAAUAAAGACCUGGGCUUUACUUGCUCCUCUCCUCCCUCUGUCCUCGGUCUGAGAGAUGAGACAGAUCACUGUUCAGCCAGCAAGUAGGUGACAACCUGUGGGCACACACAUGGUGGGAGGCAGAGACGAGGCAGCCUUCCUUCACUGAUCCUCAGGGCUCCAGCCAGGAGUCCUGUCUGGGAGAUGGAACUGGCCAAGGGCCACUUGAGUAGGAUGGGGAGAAGAAAAGGAAAGUCUGCGGAGAGGAGAGGGAGGUAUUUGCUCUGAGACUGGGUCCUCUCCAGACCUUUGCCCUCUUCCCCCACCAUCGCCCCCCCACCCUUGUUAGCUGGACAGCCCUGAACCAUUGGGUCGAUAUUGUCUGCAACCCAAGGCUGAGAUUGUGCAAAACCCAUGUGUCCUUUGGGAAACGUGCUGUCUGUGUUUGUUCAGCAUAUAACCCCCUCCUAUCCAGGUCUGAGGUCCCUGGAAAAGGCACCCUAAAGGAUAGAGUCUGAAAGACCUCCUGGAGAAAGGCAAAUCUGAGUUGCGGGCUUCGUGAGCAAAUGCUUACUCGCUCAGAAGUUCUCUGUCCUUUGACUUUAUGAGAUCUUAACCUAAGGAGAGAAUCUAAGGAAGCCUUCUGGUGCUUGGCUGCCCUCUUCCACCACUGUCUCCCACCCCAAAUCCACCUCCUCCCACAUCUAACCGCCCUCCUUCCAACUAUAGCUUCAGUCCCCAGGGUCAAGACUAAGGUGAGGUGAAGUGAGGUACUUGCCUUGGAGACAGAAUUUUAAGGGGAUGUCAAAAAUUCCAUCAGUCAAGAUAAAUAAUAUUUUAAUGCAAUAUUUUUUUAAAAAUCAAUGCAAAAAUAUCCGAGAUGAACAAAAUAGCAAAUUUUAAAAUAAACUAAAUGUAACAGGAA